AAACUAUUCAAAUUAUUCUUGACUACUAAAUUGUAUACAUGUAUAUGAGAUGAAAGUUAGAAAUACUGUGAAUAGUAAGGGAAAAUAAAUUUAACACGAAAUUCCACGUCUUUCACCUAAGAAUGACCCAAGUGAUUGUUUUGGAUUGUUUAUUGACGACGUGAAGUUUAGUAUGCACCUGCAGGUUGCUAAAAUAAUUACUUUCCGACAUUGAUACUUUGCCAACGAGGUAUUGUGAUAUGAAACACGAGCUCAUUCGAGCUUUUCAACUUUCGUAAAACUUGUAUCAAUGCCUAAGUUAACUUAGGUUGUGCGUGCAUCCAGAUACUCAAUUGCAACAGACGUACUAAAGACACUAAAUUUUGUCAAGUAUAUAAUGAUAAAAAAAUAAUUUCAUUCCAGUCCUUACAUCUUUUACAAUUGUUAUAGCUGACAAUUUUAUACAAGGCUUCUAUACUUAGUAUAGUAAAACUCUGAUUUGCUAUGGAAUGUCAGAUAGUACCUCCUACUGGGGAACAUAACAUAAAAAAAGCAUUAGGUGGAUAAUGCAAAGUAUCUCUAUACGAAUAAACUGAUGUAUUACAAAGAAAAAGAAUUAAAAAAAAAGAAUAAAAAAAAAAACGUUCGAGCUGUAUGUAGUUGGAAGUGAUUUCGGAUCGACUAGGCUAUCAAGGCACAGUGGGUGGUUUACUCCCCAACGCGUAAUGUCAGGGGUGGGAAAAGUAUGUAUAAAAGCUUUCCUCUCGUAUUUCGUCUCCUCACUUUGACCCUAAACGUUGACAAAGCUCGUUGAAAACCUUAUUGCAGCGCACGCGAGUCUAGGACAUCUUAGAAAUAAUCUUAUUACAGUUGAAAUAAGUUAAAUAAUGCGGAAGUCGGUCCUUUUUUUACUAGCCAUUAUGGCACUUUUUAAAAGUAAUGUAAUCGCUCAGCUGUCAGGAGAUGAGAAUUGUGAGACAUUGCAAACAGAAAUUCACGUAACUAAAGACGAGUAUGACGACCUGGGACGUUUGAAAAGAACGUGUGGCGGUGAUAUUACGGUCACAAAAUGCGAGGGAUUUUGUAAUUCGCAGGUACAGCCAAGCGUCGUCUCCACCACAGGAUUUUUAAAGGAAUGUUUCUGCUGUCGUGAAAGUUACCUAAAAGAGCGAGAUGUUUUCCUGGAUCAUUGCUAUGACGCAGAUGGUGUUAGAUUGGACAGCGAAGAAGGUGGUUCCAUGGAAAUCAAGCUACGAGAGCCAGCCGAAUGCAAAUGCUACAAAUGCGGGGAUUUCGCAAGAUAGAACUUCGUGAUUUGCUGACUUGGACUACAUGCUUAUACCAAUAAUCGUCGUCUUUUGUUACAAUCCAAUACUGUAUCAUUAUUGAUUAUAUAAUAUAAACAUUAUGACUUGAAAUACCUUGUUCUUCAACGAAACCCUGCGCUUGUAUUUAAUAAUGCGAAUA